GAAUCAGCUGUGCAACAACAACUGAAAAAAUUAAAAUAAUUGACUCAACGUUUUUAUUCUAGGCUAAUUAAAACAAAUGUCGUCUUAAGUGUUUUGUUCAUGCAAUCCAAAGUGUCAAAAUGUCCUGUUAUUAUCGUCAGCAUGAGGAUUCGUCUGUGACUAUUCCAAAAUAUUCCGUAGAGAGUUCAGCGGGGAUUACAUAUUACGACAUCAAGGUGCGUGUCGGCACUGUGGAAUGGUUUGUGGAGCGACGCUACCGCGACUUUGCGCAGUUGCAUGACAAACUGGUAGAGGAAGCCAACAUAAGUAAAAAGCUACUGCCGCCUAAGAAGCUCGUAGGAAAUAAGCAGCCUGCAUUUCUGGAGCAGCGUCGUGAGCAGCUCCAAGUCUAUUUACAGCAACUGCUGAAACACUUUGCCAAUGAGCUGCCACGUCUGCUCGCCGAGUUCUUGGACUUUAACAAAUAUGAUAUUAUUUAUUUGCUGCAGGAUCUGGCCAAGCUGUUUAACGAAAACGGUGAUGCGCUUUUAAGCUCCAAAAAGGAAUACAAUCUAUCAGCCUUAGAGGUCUAUGCCAUCAGCGAGCGCUUGGGGUUGCCCUGUCCGCCCAGCACGGAUCAAGGCGGCAAAUUUGAUUUCUCCCAUGUGCUCGACUUUUGCACACAACUCGCUGCUUUGGUGGUCACGCCGGUGAAGGACAACGCCAGCUUUGCGCAGGACUAUAAUACCGUGGACGUGCCCAUUGGUCGCAGCAAUAUAAUACCCAAUCGGCUUAGCUUCAAUUUAAAUGCAUUCCGUAAUCUCAAAACACUGAAAUUCUCAGCGCUCUCCACGGAGAAUAUUGUCGAUAUCGAUGUGGUUAAGCCCACGCUGGAGGCAAUGUGUGUGCACAACACCACCAUUACACAUAUCUACCAGGUGCUGCUCUGCGAUAAUCUGCACAAAGCCUGCGAUGUGCCCAGCACGCUGCCCACGCUACAAGCUGCGCCUCCCAACGGCAACGAUGCGCUGCUGAGCACUGAUAGCUGGCAGGAGCUAAGCGAAUUGGAUCUGACAGGCAACUUGCUUACCCAGAUUGAUGGCAGCGUGCGCACAGCUCCCAAGCUGCGUUGUCUGGUGCUGGAACAGAAUCGCAUACGCACUGUAGAAAAUCUAGCAGAGCUGCCGCACUUGCAGCUGCUGUCGUUGUCGGGGAAUCUUAUAUCUGAAUGCAUUGACUGGCACUUGACCAUGGGCAAUUUGGUUACGCUGAAGUUGGCGCAAAACAAACUCAAAACGCUGAAUGGUCUGCGCAAGCUGCUUUCGCUUGUGCAUUUGGACCUGAGUUGUAAUCUCGUGGAGCAGCUAGAGGAGGUGGAUCAUGUGGCGCAGCUGCCACUGCUAGAGUCCUUAAACCUUACUGGCAAUCCGCUGGCAGGCAGCGUGGACUAUCGUCCACGUGUGCUUGCUCGCUUUCAUGGGCGCGCCGCUGAAAUCUCGCUAGACAAUGAGCGCGGCUCACAGCAGGAGCUGGACACUGCACUGGUGCUGUCCGCUUUGUUGCAAUCGAAGCAAAGACAACUGCAAAAAUGACCCAACUGGAAG